UAGUUAGAUACUAGUACUUAUUUUUUGGAGUUGAGUAAUAAUGUCAGAAGUAACAAGUUUUUACGUGAGAUGGACUUACAAUAACAAAUUGUAAGACGUUAAAAGUUUUCUCUAAGUGUAAGGAGUCACUCCUUGCACAAGAAAAGUUACCCCGGUCGUAUGGUACAUUAUUGGAAGUAUGCGGUAUGCCUUAGUAUAAGAUUUUGCAUAUUUGAAUUGUUUGACGUGGAUGUUUAUUUGACUACCUCACUUAAUAAUUGACGAGGAGGGUUAAACAAAUCUCAAAGAGUGGAUUAAGUUUCGCUCUUUUUCUCCUCAAAGUGCGUCGUUUUAGGAAAUACCAAAAUCGUCCCGCUAUAUGCCUGAUAAUUGAUGUCAAUAUGCAGCAUAAUGUAUAUACUGUACUUAGGCUAGGUUGAGCUAGGUCCUCAUUUUUGAGUUCUGAUUUACCAAUGGUUUGAUAAUGUGAGAGAAUUUGAAGAGAGAACCUUAUCCUAUUUCCUUCCCUUUUUUGAAGGGGGGUUCAUAGAUUUUUAUAUCCAUAUACUCGUAUAGUACCACGUUUUCAAUGGAUAAGAAACUUAUGUUUGGGGAUCCAAUGAUUUUGGAAGUGGACCCUUUCAUUUUGGUUUUACUUACUGUGACAACUCACUUGAAUGCUAUUUGGCAAGUUGCUGAGGUUCAACUAUCAGUCUCACUAUCAACUUAUAUACAUCAUACAGCCUUGAGCCUUCCAUUCAACUUGUUGAUCAUCGUGACGACGAUAACCCCAAAAACAUGAUCCAUUUAUAACCCCAUCUCUUCUGCUGCUUCUACUAUCAAAAUCCAUCUAUUACUUUUAUCACUUCUUUUAGUACCAAUUACUUCUAUCUCCAUUCUAUCUUUGCUCCCUCUCUCAAACCUCCAAUGGCAGUCUCGUGGGAAGAGAGUGUCGCGUUUUCAAUAAACACCAUCUAUCUCCUCUUCUCAGCCUAUCUUGUCUUUGUAAUGCAGCUCGGGUUUGCUAUGUUAUGUGCUGGCUCAGUCCGUGCUAAGAAUGCCAUGAAUAUACUGCUGACCAAUGUUGUCGAUGCUGUUGUAGGCAGUAUCUCUUACUACCUCUUUGGUUUUGCUUUCGCCUUUGGAACUGGCUCUGGAUCUAAUCCUUUCAUCGGGACCCACUUCUUCGCCCUCCAUGAUGUCCCUGAUGGUAAAUAUGACUAUAACUUCUUCCUCUACCAAUGGGCAUUUGCCAUUGCAGUCGCUGGGAUCACCAGUGGUUCAAUAGCAGAGAGAACACAGUUUAGUGCUUACCUCAUUUUCUCUUUCUUUCUAUCUGGGUUUGUGUACCCUGUUGUAGCUCAUUGGGUUUGGUCCUCUAGUGGCUGGCUUAGCGCUAGUUCUGGUGAUCUGCUUCUGGGUUCUGGGGCUAUAGACUUUGCUGGUAGUGGUGUGGUUCACUUAGUAGGUGGGAUUGCUGGACUUUGGGGUGCAAUCAUUGAGGGUCCACGGGUUGGCCGGUUUGAUGCAUUCGGGAAGCCCGUUUUAAUGAAAGGUCACAAUGCAACACUAGUAGUCCUAGGUACGUUUUUGCUCUGGUUUGGUUGGUUUGGGUUUAACCCAGGUUCUUUUGAUGAAAUCCUGGUACCAUAUCCAACUACAACCGACCAAGGUCACUGGACUGCCAUAGGGCGGACAGCUGUGACCACCACACUGGCUGGUUCGAUGUCUGGAAUAGUUACCCUGUUUGGAAGACGUCUGUUGAUAGGCCAUUGGGAUGCACUUGAUGUUUGCAACGGGGUCCUCGGUGGGUUUGUUGCCAUAACAUCCGGGUGUUCAGUCGUCGAACCAUGGGCUGCCAUUAUCUGUGGGUUUGUUGCAGCCUGGGUCUUAAUUGGGCUCAAUGUGUUGGCCCUGAAACUGCAUUUUGAUGACCCAUUAGAGGCAGCUCAAUUGCACGGCGGGUGUGGAGCCUGGGGGUUGAUCUUUACAGGCUUGUUUGCCAAGGAAGAGUUCAUAAUCCAAGUCUAUGACUCAGGCAAGGAUGGAGUCUCUCGUUCUUCCGGCCUCCUGCUGGGCGGGGGCUGGGGCUUACUUGGGGUUCAAGUACUUGAACUUGUGGUGAUUGUGUGCUGGGUCAGUGUGACUAUGGGCCCACUCUUCUAUGCCUUGCACAAAUUGAAACUGCUAAGAAUAUCUAGUGAUGAAGAAGUUGCUGGUCUUGACAUAUCAAGCCAUGGAGGCUAUGCCUACAAUAACCAAGAUGAAGAAGAACGCCCACGUCGCUAUACAGAUUAUAUGCAGAUGAAGAACUAGCAUGAAUCUGAUAUCAUAGAAAUUGCAAUAAUCUUGGCCAGUUUUUUUUUUCAUCUUAUUUUUUUCUGUCCUGUUAGUUGAAUUUUCAUGCCUACAGGUUGGAACUGUGUAUAAUGUCUAUAGUUACCAUGAAAGGAGAUGUUUGUUUGAUGUAAUGCUUUUGGUUCCUCAGUAGUUGAUGAACUCAUUUUCUUUUUAUUAACAACUGUCUGAAUUACUAGAAGUGAACUGCAGAAAAAAACUACUAGGUCAUAUACUGUUAUAGUAUUAUACAUAUGUUACUCCAAAUUAUUGGGUUUUAUAGGUUUGAGGUACCCAAACAAAUUAUUUAGUGAUAGACGAUUUGGGUUUAUCUUCUGA